CAACACCAAAUCAUAUGGACUCCUCUCUCUCUCUCUCUGCUUCAAUAAUCCUCUUUGAAUUUUUCAGAUUGAAUCAAAACUUGCACGGAAAGGGGUAUUGAGCUUCUGCCAAAGCUUAUUCCCUCUCUUUCUGAGUAAACAGUGAACGUGGAAAUGCAGGAAACAAACUCCCUUCAAGACCUCCAUAACGGCGGCGGCGGCGGCGGCGUCAAUGGUGGCCACCAGCAGCAGCAGCAGCACAUGUCGAUGUCUAACUUUGAUCUACCGCCGACUCACGAUGACUUCCUUGAACAGAUUCUCUCGGCGGCUUCUCCCUGGCCUGACCUGAUCUCCAAAUCUCAGCCCCCCUGGGAAGCCCAGCAUCACUCCCUCCCCAUGCCGCCUCUGUCCAACCUCAACGCCGCCGCUGAUGACCAAACGUACCAUUUUGACGACCAGUCCUCUCACUCCUCUGCCCUCUUGGCCUCCAAACUCCAGCAGUACCACAUCAACGGCAGUGACGGAGGCGCCUCCGCCGCCGCUGCUGCGAAGGCGCUUAUGCUUCAGCAGCAGUUGUUGCUCUCCAGAGCACUUACCGGCACCGGUCUCAGGUCUCCCACCGGAGCUGCUGGUGGUAACGGUCUCCUCGGAAUUCCGUUGAGUUUAACCGGCGGAGAUCAAAACGAAGCCAUCGCAAAUGACAACAAAUUCGAAGCUCUAUUCAAUGGAUUCACUGGAUCUCUCGGUCAAACCUCUUCUCAGCCUCAUCAUUUCCACCAUCCUCAGGGAGGAGAGAUGCAAGCUCAGAGUUUCGGAGCUCCAUCAGCGGCGCCGCCGCCGCCGAUGAACCAGGGACUAGCCUCGACCGGCAGCGCAUCGACUGGGGGAGGAGCGGCUCCAGCUCAGCCGAAACAGCAACGAGUCAGGGCUCGUAGAGGACAAGCCACCGAUCCGCACAGCAUCGCUGAAAGAUUACGGAGAGAGAGAAUUGCAGAGAGAAUGAAGGCCCUACAGGAGCUGGUUCCCAAUGCUAAUAAGACAGACAAGGCUUCAAUGCUGGAUGAGAUCAUCGACUAUGUCAAAUUCCUCCAGCUGCAAGUCAAAGUACUGAGUAUGAGCAGAUUGGGCGGUGCUGCAGCUGUUGCCCCCCUUGUUGCUGAUAUGUCAUCUGAGGGAGGUGAUUGCAUACAAGGAAACGGAGGAAGGAGCAGUAACGGAACGUUGCAGGCGGCGUCAUCAAGCAACAACGAUAGCAUGACAAUGACGGAGCAGCAGGUGGCGAAGCUAAUGGAGGAGGAUAUGGGCACCGCCAUGCAAUACUUGCAAGGGAAAGGCCUCUGCCUCAUGCCCAUUUCAUUGGCUACUGCCAUCUCCACCUCCACGUGUCAUUCCACCAGGAACCCCAUUGCCAACACCUUACUACGCAACGCCGCCGACGCAGGCGGCGGCCCCUCCUCUCCUAGCAUGUCCGUUUUGACUGUCCAGUCAGCUGCCACUACAAUGGGUAACGCCACCCCCGAUCCCUCCGUUAAAGACGCCGCUUCCGUUUCUAAGCCGUGAUAGAUCUUCAUAACGCCACGGCGUUGACUCUUUCGACACAAUCGUUUUUUUUUUUCUUAUGCAGAAAAGAAAUGAGAAAGAUAAACAAAGUGAUUAUGAAAAGAUGGAGGAAUUUGGAUCUGAUCUAUGAUCUAUCUCUCGGCUUUAGACUACAAUUUAGUAGGGCCUUAAAGGCGGUCAAGUCUACCAAAAUAAGGGCCUUUUUUAUUCGCUGUAAAUGAAUUAUGGAAGGACGCCCAGCCCGUAUUUAAGUAGACUUGUCUUCACUGCUUAAGCUUAAUCAAGCUGCCGCCCAGUUAUUAUUAAGCUAACUAUAAAAAUGCCAAACAAACUCCUGUCGUUUUCUAUUUCCAUAUUAUUUUAAUAAUAUUCAAUGUCAAUUCUCUUCAUUUUU